AAGUUUAAUGAAAAGAAUACUCUGUCUAUCUCUCUCUAUACUCAUACCUUCCUUCUAAGACAUCCAAGGCACCACUGUUAACCCUCUCUCUCUCUCUCUCUCUCUCUCUCUCUCUCUCUCUCUACCACACCACCACCUCAAAGUUAAAAGAUUCAUACAUACACACCUCUAGAUCAUUCACAUGAGUUUUAUAGAAAUCAUGAUAUGAUUAUGUGAAGAAGAACAAAGAUCGAAAUGGAAUUGGGAGCGGCAGCUACUUCAAAACCCCCUCAAAUCUCAGAAAUGUUUCAAAAGUUUGCAAUUGCAUUCAAAGCGAAAACCUUCGAAUUCUUCACCGAAGAAGAAGAAUCCGCCGCCAACUCCGCCGCUGUAUCAGCUGCCGUCUCCGAUACUGAAGAUGGGUUCACUCUUCUUGACUCCACCGAAGACUUCAUCACCGAUCAGAAAGUCAUCAUCAUCAAACCUGAUUUGAAUUUGAAAAGUCAAAAUCAAAGUGUUUCUGCUUCUAUCAUACAACCCUUCAAUACCCACUUUGGUAACUAUCUAAUUUCAUCUGUUUUCGCUGUGAUUUCAUCUUUCGAAGCUUCGUAUCUUCAAUUACAAACAGCCCAUGUGCCGUUUGAUGAAGAAGGGAUUAUGAUUAAUGAUAAAGCUUUAGUGAAUCAACUUCAGAAAUUAUACGAUUUGAGGGGAUUGUAUAUAGAUUCUCGAAAGAAUCCGGAUUUUAAUCUUGAUUUCACAACUGGGUCUUGUUUGGAAGCUCAGGUUAACGAGAAUCAGAACAAAUUAAGAGCUUUAGAAACCAUGUUUAAUAGAUUGCAGUCAGAUAUCGACGGGAAAGGCGACAAGGUUUCGAUGUUAAAGAAGCAAUUGGCGGGCAUCGAGGAGUGUAAUUCCAAACUAUCAAUCAAAUUGUCGAAAAACUUAAAACCCCCAAAUGGGUUUUUGCCAACAAUUAGGGUUUUCGAUUCAAUGUUACGUGACGCCUGUCGAUCUUCACAUCAGUUCACAAAACUUUUGAUCCAGUUGAUGAAAAAAGCAGGGUGGGAUUUAGAUUUAGCAGCUAAUUACGUUCAUCCUGACGUUACGUACGCAAGAAAGGGGCAUAACCGUUACGCCUUUCUAUCAUAUGUCUCUUUGGGUAUGUUUCAAGGUUUUGAUUCCGAAAAUUUUGGUGUGAUCGGAAGUGAAUCUUCUGAUAACUCAAUGGAACUAUUUGAUCACGUAUCAGUUAACCCAUUAGAGACAUUAAACAAGAACCCUAGUUUCCCUUUCUCAAAAUACUGUGAAAGAAAGUACGAAGAACUUGUGCAUCCAACAAUGGAGUCUUCAAUAUUCAAGAAUUUUGACAUAAAGAAGGAGGUUUUGGAUUCAUGGAAGUCUUUAAGCGUAUUCUAUGAAGCAUUUGUUAAUAUGUCUAGCUCAAUGUGGUUACUUCAUAAACUGGCACGAUCAUUUACUCCACCUGUUGAGAUCUUUCAAGUGGAAAAAGGGGUUGACUUUUCAAUGGUUUACAUGGAAGAUGUAACAAAAAAAGAUAAAUAUCAUCAUGACAAGGGUUUAUCAAAGGUGGGGUUUACAGUUGUACCUGGAUUCAAAAUUGGAAGAACAGUUGUUCAAUCUCAAGUUUAUUUAAGUGGAUCAAAGCAUACAAAAUAACAACUUUUGUGAAUCUUGUUGGAUGUUAGAGUUUUGAUCUUGCGGUUUACAAGAGGAGUUUCCUGGAUUCUAUUCUAUGUUGAAGUGAAGAAGUUGUGUCAAUGAUGCUGUCUCAUAGCAGUUUAUGUUUCUGGAAUCUGUUCUAUAAUGACAAAAUGGUCAUUUUACAUUGGGUUAAAUCCGAUUUCUAAACGCCAUGUGAGUCAGGGAAGAAAAGGGCUAAGAAACAAUGAAAUGCGGAUCAAAAAAGCAAAAAUAAAAAUAAAAAGGUGAAGUUUUGUACAAUGUCCAAAAAGAAGUGAUAUAACACAGGGACUAAGAUUGUAAUUUACUCUUGUAUAGUUGUAUAUAUAUUAUGAUUGUUCUGAUGUUGUACAUCAUGUCAAUGACAACUAGUUUUUAGCUUUUCUUUA